GCAGGAGCGGAGCGUCGCGUGGGUGGGGCGGAGUGUCGGUGCGGGGGGCAAAAUAUCCCGCAUGCGCAGUAGUUUACCGGCGACGGCUGUACAAACGGUGGCCUAGCGAACCAGGGGAUUACGGAGAGCCCAAUUUGACAGGCUACACAAUGAGUCAGGGUAAGGACAAUGCACGACUCAAGAGCUACAAGAACAAGUCCCUCAACACAGAUGAAAUGAGAAGAAGGAGGGAAGAGGAAGGCCUACAGCUCCGCAAACAGAAGAAAGAUGAACAGCUUUUUAAGAGGAGGAAUGUUGCCACAGUGGAGGAUGAUGGCCUCCCAGAGGACGACGGGAUGGCCGAUAGCGGCUACCUGGAGUCCCAGGCUAACAACAUGGACCCACUCAUGGGUGGGGUCAUCUCUGAAGAUAUGACUCAGAUGAUCUUCUCCAGUUCUCCUGAGCAGCAGCUAAUAGGCACUCAGCGCUUUAGGAAACUCCUUUCUAAAGAACCCAACCCACCCAUCGAUGAAGUCAUUGCCACUGCAGGGGUGGUGGAGCGCUUUGUUGAGUUUCUUAAGAGGAGAGAAAACUGCACAUUGCAGUUUGAAGCUGCAUGGGUGUUGACCAACAUUGCAUCAGGUACAUCCCAUCAGACUCGGGUGGUGAUCCAGGCUGGAGCUGUGCCCAUUUUCAUAGAGAUGCUUGGCUCAGACUUUGAAGACGUACAGGAACAGGCAGUGUGGGCCUUGGGAAAUAUAGCAGGAGACAGCACAGAAUGCAGAGACUUUGUCAUAGACUGCAACAUUCUGCCUUCCUUGGUGCAGUUGUUGGCCAAACAGAAUCGUCUAACGAUGAUGAGAAACGCAGUGUGGGCGCUCUCAAACCUGUGCAGAGGAAAGAACCCACCUCCGGACUUCACUAAGGUGUCCCCGUGUCUCAGUGUGCUGUCCUGGCUGCUGUUUGUCAAUGACACAGACAUUCUGGCUGAUGCAUGCUGGGCACUCUCCUACCUAUCUGAUGGCCCCAAUGACAAAAUCCAGGCUGUUAUUGAUUCUGGAGUCUGUCGCAGGCUGGUGGAGUUGCUGAUGCACACUGAUUAUAAGGUGGUGUCCCCUGCACUGCGAGCUGUUGGGAACAUAGUCACAGGAGAUGACCUACAAACACAGGUGAUUUUGAACUGUUCAGCACUGCAGUCCCUUCUUCACCUCCUGAGUAGCCCUAAGGAGUCCAUCAAGAAGGAAGCCUGCUGGACGAUCUCCAACAUUACUGCAGGGAACCGAGCACAAAUACAGAUGGUGAUAGAUGCGGGUCUGCUGCCUCCUCUCAUCACGAUCCUGCAGGUAGCAGAGUUUCGCACAAGGAAGGAGGCAGCCUGGGCCAUCACCAAUGCCACCUCGGGGGGCUCUGCAGAGCAAAUUAGGCACCUGGUGGAACUCGGCUGCAUUAAACCUCUGUGCGACCUGCUCACUCUCAUGGACUCCAAAAUAGUUCAGGUGGCUCUAAAUGGCCUAGAGAAUAUUCUGCGACUGGGAGAACUGGAGGCCAAGAGGGGAGGAGGCAUCAACCCUUACUGUGCACUCAUUGAAGAAGCCUAUGGUCUGGACAAGUUGGAGUUCCUGCAGGGCCACGAGAACCAGGAAAUCUACCAGAAGGCCUUCGACCUGAUCGAGCGCUACUUCAGCACUGAAGACGAGGACCCGUCUCUGGCUCCUGCCGUCGAUCUGCAGCAGCAGCAGUUCCUCUUCCAGCAGUGCGAGGCCCCGAUGGAAGGCUUCCAGCUAUAAUGCUAAAUCCUCCCUCCCUCCGUGCUCCACCUUCAUCCUCACCUCUGCUCAUUUCUCUCACUGCCACGAUCAAGGGUUACGACGACCCUCGGCUCCCCUCCUCCUUUUUUCCCUUCUCAUCGUCAGAGAGGUUGAUUUAAUCAUUAUCAUGAUUAUGAAAAAUGUAACAUUAUGGGAGCACAUGUGUGUGAGUGCGUCCAACGUGGGUCAAGUUCUGCAGUCUUGUCAGCCAGCUCGUGAAGGUUUCACUCAUCAUUCUGUCUUGCGCCGAUCUCACCUCUGCGCCUGAACCCCUCCUGCCUGCCCAGGGCCCAGCAUCUCCUACUAGCAGAUUGUCCCUCCAACAACACCCCCGUCUUACUUUUUGGACAUCCUCCUCGGCUCAUCCCAUAUAAAAAUCACCUCUCCACAUUCCCGCAGGAUUGGUGACCCCUGUCUCUGAUGAAGAGGGAGUUUGUAGGACUGCACUGCUUGCCAGAUUCAAGCAUUAAUGACUCGCAAGACAGACAAAUAUGGACGUGAGUUUCCCCCCCUCCUGCAAACACGCAUAGAGAAGAAUGAUCUAACCUAAACACUGGACUGACUACGAGACGUUGACCACAUGUGUGUGGUCUUUGGACUGAGCUGCCCACAACCAGGGCCAUGUGGCCAGUCCCAACCCAAGGACUCACCUGACCUCUUCGAAAGGCACUUAAUCGACUCAAAAAUGGAGGUUCCUCACUUCCUCUCUCCGGCCAUUGGAAAAGUGACCACAGAUGGACAAAUUAGAAACUUGACUGUGUCGCUGAGGGGUGGAGCUUGUCAGUGACAAACCAGGCUGCUUGCAUUCCCUCCUGGAUCUCAUAUCAUGCAUUCCUCUAUCCAGAAAUGGGACAUUCCACCUGCACAGCUCCAUCCUGAAGAGUUUAGACUGCCUGCCGCCUCUGGUGUGAUGUGAAUAACCCCAUGGAACCAUGGGAAUUGGAGUCUUCCCGCGCACUGAGACAAUUGGACAGACUUGGACAAGACAAAAAAGAAACAGACUAUUUAACCCUGGAAUCUGUCCAGCAGCAGACCAGCGGGAAUUUUUAUUAUCUUACCAUAAGUUCAUUUCAUUUGCAGCACUUUAGUUCAGGACUGACGCCUGCUCUUCGAGAAUAUACAGUAGUUUUUGCAUUAACUAUUUAAAUGAUUCACAGCGUGGCUCUUCCCUCCUCAGGAAGUGAGGCGCAAAGAGAUCCGGUCUGAAUCCUCAGUCCCCUUCUGGUAUGACAAGGAUUACAAUGUACUUCACUGUUUACUCAAGCAGAUUGUGGACUGAAACUGUUAGCACACUAAUUACAAUCAGUUGAUCAUGCUGCCUCAGCAAAGCUAGAAGAACUGUAUUGUGACAAAGUAAAUGAGAAAAUUGGCUGUUUAGCUGUGAGCCUUCUAAAACAUGACUUUCCAACACAUGUUCAGGUAGUAUUUUCCAAUUUGAUCACGCCAAAUCAUCGACACUUGUGUCAGCUAUUGGGUCUAAAGUGGGUCUUUUUUUUAAAAAAGCAUAAUGUUGUUUUUUAGUUGGGGUUAGCAUCUGUCAUGUUGCUGAUGGUGCCAUAAUCUUUAUUCCACAAAAAUCCUUCCAGAUCAUUUCAACAAAAAUCCAGAUUAAAACUUGAAAAUACUGGUGAUCACCUUAGUUAGCAGAACUGAAUGUUUGUUUACCAAGUCCUCUUUACAUUGCUUACUUUUUGUCGAAAUCUCUGCAAGAGAUGACCAGCUCUUCAUGUUAAUUACUGUUUGUUGUACUGAGUUUGUGCAGCUGUCCCCUGUUAUGCCAUUUGCAUAAAAGCUGUUUCAUGAACCACA